UCUAUAUGACAAGACCUCUAGUAGAGUGUCAGCUAGGUGGCCUCUAUACUCAGUUGCGAUGCAUGCCUUACACAGAUUUGUUCGUCAACAGUCUGUGUUUCAUUCUAUUUCAACAUUUUGUUAUGCAUUCUGAAGACUUAAAUAUAACUUUCUCGAGAGUUUACAUGUAUUUUUCAGUGUCAUUUCAAUUUAGUUUGAGAACAUUUUAUACAUCAAAUGUGGCUUCUUGGUUCAGCUCCCGAAGUCAUUGAAGAGUGCCUGUCGCCUUCUUCACGUUUUGUCCGAAGCCCCUGGAAUAACCAUAAUCAAGCCGCAACGAGGGUUUACAGUAUUGAAGCAAUAUUGGGAUUUAAAGACGAAAAUAUGUUUCAUCAAUCUGUGUCCUACAAUGGAUCAGGAAAACCCGCUGAGCCGAGAGGAAACGGAAUUAUGUCAUCCCCGAAGAAAGAACUCAACCCAAAAAGUUUUGACAGUGUCUGCUGCAGCAGUUCGGGGGCCUCUGUCAGUCCUGACUUACCUGAAGGGGAGGAUAAAUUGUAUGUUGAUGAGAAUCCAAAGACGAAACACCGGCGCAAUAGGACCACGUUCACCACCUUUCAGCUGCACGAGCUGGAGAGAGCGUUCGAAAAGUCGCACUAUCCUGACGUCUACAGCAGAGAGGAGAUCGCGCUGAAAGUUCAUCUUCCCGAGGUCCGAGUACAGGUGUGGUUCCAGAACCGUCGGGCCAAGUGGCGUCGCCAGGAGAAGCUGGAGGUGAGCUCCAUCAAGCUCCAGGACACUUCCUCCUUCCUGUCCUUCAGCCGCUCCUCCUCCCAGUCUCUGGGCUCCGGGCUACAGGUGGAGCCAUGGCUCAGCACUCCCACCACCACUGCCACCCCCCUGCAGUCCCUUUCCGGGUUCAUCACCAGCCCAUCGCAGGGCCUCCAAAGAACAUCCAGCUACACUCCUCCACCCUUUCUCAACUCCCCCAGUUUCGGGCAUAUUGGUUCUCUGUGUCCUCCUCCGCCGCCCCCGUACCAGUGCUCAGCGUCUGGGUACGUGGACAAGUUAACUAUGGAGGAGUUGGAUCCUCGUAAUUCUAGUAUUGUGUCUCUGAGGAUGAAGGCUAAGGAGCAUAUUCAGUCUAUUGGAAAACAUGGUGAGGAUGGAUGCUGGCUUGCAUCCCUCUGAGGCAAUGCAAAGACUAAAGACUUCUACUGAAUGUACUGUUGCUGCGUUAUAGACAUUAAAGUCCAAUGUGCUAGAGGACUCUUCUCCACAAGAUAAUGAACAAAGUUUUUUUGUUUUCUUCAGUGGUUUAGAUUAUCAUCCCAGUCAGUGUUUUUUUGUGCAUUUUCAGUAUAUUCAAAUUAUAUAAUGUACUUUCCUCAUCAAUGUAAUGCUUGCAUUCACCAAGAUACAUCUGGUUUACUCUGGUCUACUUUUAGGUUCUGAUUUAGGAAAUGUACGCUUUUCCUACUUACCUUGUGCAGGUGUGUAAAGGUAUCCAAAUAAGCUGCGUAGGUCCGGUUGGCUAGGUGAAGUGAACAUCUGUGCUUGCAUACUCCCUUAAAGGGAUACUUUGGGAUUUUGGCAAUGAAGCCUUUUAUCUACUUCCCCAGAAUCAGAUGAACUCAUGGAUACCAGUUUUAUGUCUCUGCACCCUGUUUGAAGGAAGUUAGAGGUAGUCUAUGGUAUCUACUAGCAUGCUAGCAAUAUUACUGUUUGUUCCUCUUGAAACGCCAUAUCCAGUACACUUCCUCAAAAUAGUCCAAAUUAAGAUUAUGAUAACUCAAGAAAUCUGUAAUUAGUUUUGACGUUUUUGCCAAGGAGGUUUUAGUCGCAAAAUUUUACAUCUAAGAUUUUGGUGCAGUAUUUCUCAAGUGAAAAACUUUGCAUGAAGACUAGUCGUCUGUUGUUGAAUGCCAACAAACACUUAAUUGAAGAAUCCCUAAUGUUGACCAAUCACCACCGAAAGACAUACUUCGGCUUGCCUCAAUUAAAAGUGUGCUCGAACAGGCUAGGAAAAAAACUGACGAACACUGCCAAACACCAAAACAAACAAAAACCUCACAAAAUGUUGUCAUAAUAUAUGCAGUAACUGUUUAGACCGGUUAGCAUAAAAUAAUCUUAACAGGCUUUGCAGAUGUGGUUACCUUGCGUGCGUUAAAUAAAUGUAAUUCAACCGCUGAAAACCCUCCCACUUGCUGGCCAACAGAUUUUCUCGUGAAAUGUUUAUUCAAUAGCCAUCCCUUUAAAUUUGGUGUACCUUUAAUUCGAAUUUUCUCAACAGACUCACUAGAACAUAUAGAUGGGUUGGUUGUUUAGCAACAAAACCGACCCAUGCGCAACUAUGGGGCAAAACAAACGGGGUUGGCUUAGAUUGUUGACAACAUGUUAACUAUAUUAGUCUCCAAUGUUUAUUGAAAACAUGAAUAAAGUUGCACAAUUAAUUUUUUGACAUGUUAGCAUAGCAUAGCAUAGACGUGACAGUCAAAACACCUCAUAACAACACAUGGUUUUCGGGAAGUUCUCAGCUAACCCGUCUAUGGAGGGAAUGUUUCAGAAUGUUUAGGGACCAAUGAAAGAAAGCCUUGUAAAUACAUGCAUUUUUCUUUCCUUUUCAGCACCAAUUGGUAGAUAAAAAAAAUACUCUGAUCUUGUAUAUUAUUUAGGGUUAGGAAAGUAAUUAUAUAUUUUUUUUUUACUGUUUUUUUUAACCAAUCAACUAGGUAGGUUCUGCUCUACUUGAUCAGUGCACACAGGUUUCCAUAGGCUACAGCCUCAGCUUGGAUCUCCAAAUUUCACUCCUGCAAAUGAUGAAGCCAUAGGCCUACAAUUCUGAAUAAUGACACAGCUAUUUAUACUUCACUGUGGAAAAGAGGCCGAAACACCUGUCAUGUUGACAUGCUUUUCAGUUUGCUGAAAUAUGACUGGUUUCACAUUUGUCUCCAACGAUCAUAAAAUAAAAUAGAUCUAAAACAACUGUCAUUUAUAUUUACAAUCCCCUUGUCCUAACUAUUUACUAAUUUACCUAGGUCUUAUUAAUAGCUCUUAUCAAUUUAUAAAUUACAGUGCAUGGAGAUUGUGUUACUUCUAUUGGAAUAUAAUUAUGUAGAUCCUGUUCUACUUGGAACUGACAGGUUGCUCGACCUUAUUCGUCUUUUUUUAAAAGUGGUGGAAUUAUGAGGGAAUUAAGUCAAGGUCUGAAUAUCUGCAGACACACCUCUGCCUCGCCUCCACUUCUGUGAAUAGCAUUGAAUAGGUUGUGAAUAGCAUGAUAUUCUCAUCCGCAAGGUCAAGGUCAGAAUACGCUUAAAAAGAAAAGUGUAUAAAAAGGGGGAUUCGGGUAUGAAUUCCCCCCCCCCCCUUACUGAAUGAAGGAUGACAUUGAAGAGAAAGUGGAAAUGUUCAAAUGUAAAAUUGCCUGCGACCUGGUUUCUAUGUUAACAUUUUGCAUCCCUAUUUGAACAAUUAUCUUCUGUUAUGUAUAUGUACUUCUGCUAAGACAAUCACAUCCCAGGAUUAAUCAAUGUAUUUAUUAUUGUUUCCAAGCCCUUGUCUAGAUAACUUUCUUUCGGUGUUCUUCCAGUUUGUGCAGCUGACUUUACAAAUGUUCAUGACCAAUUGUCCAGGUGCUGUAUAUCUCCAUACGUGAAUGAUUUUAUGGAAAUAAAACUGCAUAGUUACAUCAACACGUAUCCCUUAUUUGCACACUUAUCCCUUAUUUCAUUAAUUGUCAUACGUCCUAUGAUAUACACAUGCAUUGUGUUGUUGUUUACACGACAUGUGUCAUAGCUUCACCAUGCACAAUGGGCACUUCUUAUUCAUUUGGAAGACUCAGUCAACAUUUGGUUUGGAGAGAAAAAGAGAGACAUAUAUUUUUUUUUACAAUAGAACCCUAUUAUUUUUUUUGAAGAGGAUUGCUU